AUGUAUAGAAUUUACAACUUAAAUUUAGAGAAUUUUGAGAAGAUUGUGAUCUAAUUUCCUAGUAAUUAAUUACAGGAAUCUUAAACUGUGUUGAGAUAACUAAAUAAAUAAUAGAAUCUCAAUCAGAUAAUAUUAUGUAUGUAUGUAUUACCUUAUUUAGAAUACGAUUCAGCUGCAUUAAUUAAAUCUAUAGAAUCAAUUGAAUAAUCAUCUUGGGUUUUAUUUGAUUAAAAAUAUGAUCACAUUUGGAUUGAUGAAAGUAAACAAAUAUUUCUUUAAUUCUAAAAGUAAUUGAAUCAAUAACAAAGAUAACAUAUUGCUUGUGGUUAUCAUGCAGCUGAAUUAUAAAAAUAAUUAAUAUUUAUAGGAUCUGAAGAUAGUGAAUUGUUAUAAAGAUUAAUUUUACAUUUUGAAUAUGGAAAAAUAGAAAAAUGA